AAGAGGAAGAAAGACGUCAGAGAGAUUGUUUUAUUACUUCUAAAACUGAGGUCAGACAGGAGGACUCGUUUCACUUUGGUGUGCAUCUCCCAGAGUUUGGACUUUUGACUCAAAUAUCAGGCUGGCAGACUCCUUCACAGCUGAGCAGCAAUGCAGCAAAUCUGGCUCUCUCUUCUGUCCGCCCUGAGCCUCCGUCUGGUUCUGCCUGGCGGGGCCGAGGAAGGCCUGGAGUUUCCCAACUUUGACGGCAAGGACAGGGUGCUGGACAUCAGCGAGCGCAACUACAAGAAGGCUCUGAAGCGGUACGACCUGCUGUGUCUGUUCUACCACGAACCCAUGCCGGCCAACAAAGGCCUGCAGAAGCGGUUCCAGAUGACGGAGCUGGUGCUGGAGCUUACAGCUCAAGUCCUGGAGAACAAAGACAUCGCGUUUGGAAUGGUGGACUCCCAGAAGGACGCCAAAGUCGCGAAAAAGCUCGGUUUGGAGGAGGUGGGCAGCUUGUACGUCUUCAAGGACGACCGUGUCAUUGAGUUUGACGGGGAGCUCUCAGCAGACACUUUGGUGGAGUUUCUGUUGGAUGUGCUGGAGGACCCAGUAGAGAUCAUCAACAGUGCGAUGGAGCUGCGAGCGUUCGAGAGAAUGGAGGAAGACAUCCGCCUCAUUGGUUACUUCAAAGGAGAGGAUUCCUACUAUAAAGCUUUUCAGGAGGCGUCUGAGCGGUUUCAACCUUACAUCAAAUUCUUUGCGACGUUUGAUAAAUCUGUAGCCAAACAUCUCUCCUUGAAGAUGAAUGCGGUUAACUUUUACGAGCCGUUCAUGGAGGAGCCAGCUGUCCUGCCCGGCAGGCCUCUGUCAGAGAUGGACAUCGUUGAAUUUGUCACCCAACACAGAAGGGCGACUCUGAGGAAGCUCCGGGCGGAGAACAUGUUUGAAACCUGGGAGGAUGACAUGGACGGAAUCCAUAUUGUUGCUUUUGCAGAGGAAGAGGAUCCAGAUGGCUACGAGUUCCUGGAGAUCCUGAAAGAUGUGGCCCGGGACAACACCAACAACCCCGAGCUUAGCAUUGUUUGGAUCGACCCUGAUGACUUCCCCCUGUUGACCACUUACUGGGAAAAGACCUUCAAGUUGGAUCUGUUCAGACCCCAAAUUGGUGUCGUCAACGUCACUGAUGCCGACAGCGUUUGGCUGGACAUGUCCGACGACGAGGACCUGCCCACGGCGGAGGAGCUGGAGGACUGGAUCGAGGACGUUCUCUCCGGGCGAGUAAACACAGAGGACGACGACGAGUUUGCAGACGACCACGACAACGACCACUUGGUUCCAGAAGAUGAAGAGGAGGGGGAUCAAGACCCGGACGAGGAAGACGACGAAUGAAGGCGGAAACCGGAUCCCUUUCCAAAUCUUUUUGUGUUGAAAAUGUAGCAUCUUUUAAGAAAGUAGUUGAUACAGUUGGUAGUUUUUUAAGGAAAUUAAGAUUUUUUUUUUUUUAAAGAGAGGAUUUUGGGAAAUCACAGAGUUCCCCGUUUAUCCCGGGAUUUAUUAGUGAAAUCCAUAGAUUAGGAUUAUAGAUGUCUUUAGGCUGUAAAAACAUUCACUACACACUUCCUACACUUUUCAGACAGACAUGGACAUGAAAGUUUAAACCUUAAUAAGUUCAGUUUUACAGAAGAAAAAAAAACAGUCAUUUAGGACGCAGAAUACAAUGAAAGUGUUAAAGGUGUUAUUUACGAUGAAACUGAAAGAUUUACUGAAGCCUUCUGAUGCCCCCAAGAGGCUGAAAUGUUGAAUUCACUUUGGAAAAUCAUUAUUCUAACUUGUCAUAAAGGAUAAAUAAACCUGUAUACAUUAAAA